GUUUUGUAGCAGAAGAGAAAAGAGGACAUUUGCCAUAUAAUGACUUUGUAACCAAAGAAAUGGAACUCACUUGCCAGCCAAUUUCUCUUUACCUUUUUUAAUGGAACAAAACAGAGAGCUCCGCUGUGUUGGAAUGACUGGAAGACCAUUCUGGUGUUGGAAAAAGUGAUGCUGAGCUUCUAUCAUUUGAAAAGAGGCUGUGAUUCCGUGUCCAAGAACCAAAAUGACCUCCAGGAAAGAAGCCCUGGUCAAUUAUAUUCACCUCGAGGAGAGCUGCACUAUUUCAUUUCCGAGAGGCCGUGGCAAACCCCAGGAAGCUCAAAGAAAAACGUACACAGUGGAAGAGGCCGUGGAAACCAUUGGGUUUGGCCGGUUCCAUAUUCUGUUGCUGUGUAUCAUGGGUAGCACGAAUGUAGCUGAGGCCAUGGAGAUCAUGCUGCUGGCUGUCAUUUCUCCGGUCAUUCGUUGUGAGUGGCUCCUUGAAGAAUGGCAGGUUGCCAUGGUUACAACCAUGGUAUUCCUUGGCUUCAUGGCAUUUAGUGGCGUUUGGGGUUUCUUUGCCGAUAGAUAUGGGCGUUGGAAGAUUCUUCUCAUAUCUACCAUCUGGAGUUCCUAUUACUCUGGGUUAACGUCAUUUGCUCACACUUACGGCUGGUUUGUUUUCCUGCGUUCCAUGGUAGGAAGUGGAGUGUCUGGUCAUUCACAAGGGUUUAUUCUCAUGAGUGAGUUCAUUCCUUCCAAAUAUCGAGGGCGCAUUUUGCCUCUGGGGCAGAUCUUCUGGCUCACCGGAUCCACAAUAGAGGUCCUCCUGGCCUAUCUAAUUGUUCCCACACUGGGCUGGCGAUGGCUUGUACGUAUUUCCACCAUACCGAGUAUCGUUCUGCUGGUGGUGUUUAAGUGUAUCCCAGAAUCAGCACGUUAUAAUGUUUCUGUCGGAGACACUCAGAAUGCCAAGGAGACCCUGAAAUACAUUGCAAAGAUGAACCGCUCCCACCUCCCUCAGGGAUCUUUGAUAGAAACGCAAACAGCAAGGAGGGGAAGUAUCUUUGACUUGGUAGAUUCUGAAUACAGACGUACAACACUGCAAUGCUGGUUCAUAUGGUUGGGAACAGCAUUCGCUUAUUAUGGGAUCGUCCUAACCAGCUCAGAACUCUUGGAAAACAAUCCUGUCUGUGGUGUAACUGAAGGAUCGCAUGAGUAUAAUUCAUUGGAGACUUGCCACUGUAAAAUGUUCAAAACGGCAGACUACCAGACCAUGGUUAUCAGCACUUUAGGAGAAUUCAUGUUUAUUCCAUUUAGUCCUUUCAUCAUCGAAACCUUGGGAAGACGGCGCAGUUUGGCAUUAAUGAUGGGAGCCUCUGGUAUUUUCUUCCUCCUCCUCAACUUCUGCAGUAGCAGGGCAUUGUUGACCACUUUGCUUUUUAUUCUUCGAGCCCUUGUGUCUGCUAACUUCAGUAUCAUCUACAUCUACACUGCAGAGGUCUAUCCCACAAUCAUGCGAUCCUUGGGACUAGGAUCCUGCAGUUCAAUGGCUCGGAUUGGAGCAAUGGUUGCACCCUUUAUAGCACAGGUCCUACUAACCACAAGGCCUAUUGCAGCCUUGUGCUCGUUCAGCGCUAUGUGCAUUAUUUGUUCCAUUUUGGCCUUCACCCUUCCAAUUGAGACCAAAGGACGAGCAAUGCAGGAGAUCAAGCCAUCUCCUGGAUAACUAUGAAUACAGUCCUGAACUCAGUGUGUGUUGGACCAGAAGAAGGAUAACCUUUAUCCUUGGCACUUUUUGCAAUAGCUUCACUAGUAAAGGUUAAGUCGUUUGCUGGACUGUAUGUACGGCGUGGCAUUUUCUCAUUACCGUUGCACCAGGGACCACAUACACAACAUUGACUCAAACUUCAUCUCCUUGUCUCACAUCCUUCAAAUGUCCAUCAUCAUAAGUGGUCUUUGACAGAGAAGGAGCAUUGAGAAAGGCUGCGAUCUGGAAGAACUGUGUUCUAUUGUCUGCACUCAGGAAUUAACCUUGCACCACAAAAUAUGGGAUAAAAUGAAAACAAAAAAAAACCUCAAAAACAAAAUUAUUUCUAAUUCCUGGAAGUGACACCUUAGCAUCAGUGGUGGGUGAGACCGUGUGAAACAUUGAAGACAAACUAAACAAGGAAAGUUUUCCCUCCCAGCUCUCUUGUGCCUUCACUUUUGCACUCAGGUCUUGACUAUGUACCAUCUCCAACUGCCAUCUCUAUUACUCCUGAACUUUACAUUCCUCUUAACCUGGAGAAAGCUGAUCAAGCUUAUCCUCUGAACAUUGUCUUGUUGCAUUUACACUUGCAAUAUCUGAGAAUUGUUGUUAACUCUUAAUUUAUUCAACACACUACAGUUAUAUUUACCUAACACGUAAUCACUAGUCUUCAAUGUGGCCAUUCCUCUGGUAAUGAACUUGCCCAUUUCUGUUCACCUUCAUCUCUGCUCUUGAAGACUAUGCCAUGACCUUCACCCUUGCAAACAUAUUCCCUCCAUUUUGUUGAUAAGAUCAUACUCGUUCACUGUUGAUCAUUUUGUUCCUCGUAAGUUCUGGAUACUUUGCACAUGUUACUCUUCCUGCUUCAUUGGCUGUGUUGAAGUCAAGAAUUCAUUAUCUUUUUUUCCAAGACCUCAAGACUGUGAACCUCCUUGCUUCCCUGAGUAUUCACUUCUUCCUACAACCCACUGGCUUAUAAAACAUGGAGUUUCUGUCCAAAUUAAUUCCAUUCAUCCUUCCUCUGCUGUUUUUGAUUUUGGUGCUACUAGUAUAAGAAGGCUGGGCUCUUUGUCAUGAAAUGUCUAUAAUGAUUUUGUAAAGGAACCGUUCUCACUAAAACUGGUCCAAUAUUACUAAAGCAGUACAUCAUUGCUUAUAUCCUUAUAAAUGAUACAACUCAAACUAACUGUGUUCUAGACAGUGAUCUUACACAUCACAGUGUUGCUGGUAAUGUCUGAAUUUGGUAUUAGUAUUGGUUUAUUAUUGUCACACGUACCGAGAAACAGUGAAAAACUUAGGUUUGUAUGCCAUCCAUACAGAUAAUUUCUAAACAUUUGUUGUAAAAAAGCAGCUUUGCAAUUGGGCUGAUUCAACGCCUGGGUUCUGUCUCUGAGAAAUUCUUCAAAUCUUGUUAGGAAAUCUACCCACAUUAGAAUAAAGGAAAUGGGAGCAGGAGCAGGCCACCAGCCCUUCUAGCCCGCUCACCCAUCAUCAAGAUCAUAGCUGACCUUCCAUCUCAACUCUCUCUUCUCGCACUGGCCCCAUAUCCCUUGAUUCCUUGGUAUACAGAUAUCUACCAAAAUCUGCUUUGAAUGAAUUCAGUGACUGAGCCUCCAGAACCCUUUAGGGUAGAGAAUUCCAAACAUUUACCACCCUUGUGUGAAGAAAUUCCUCCUCAUUUCAGUCCUAAAUAGCCGACUCCUUAUUCUAAGGCUGUAACCUGUUGUUCUGGACUCUUCAACCAGGGGAAACACGUCUCACCCUGUCAAGCCUGGUAAGAACUUUGUAAGUUCAAAUGAGAUCUCCUCUCUCUCCUAAACGCUAGAGAAUGCUGACCUAUUCCAUUCAAUCUCUCUACAUAGGACAAACCUGCCAUUUCUCAGUCAGUCAAAUAAAUUAACAGUAAAGUUAGAAUGUGUGGGCCCACAAUCUAUGUAAUGGGAGAGCCCUCGAGGGGAAUUAUCCUUUAAAAUAGGAAUGGCGACCUCUAUCAACGAGUCUGCAGUGGACCCAGAUAGGAGACGAGAUAAACCCCAUUGAAUUUUAGAAACCAUAGGUCCAGAGUCAUUCCUUCCUCCCCAGGAUGGUACAUUCACCGCAUGAUAAUAUAAUUAUGCAGUUGUCUACAAGAAACUGCAAGUACAAGUCUGUGUUUACUUUCACUUGGGAAUGUUUUGUCAUUUUCACCAUUUUGUAGGCACAUUUGUAUUGAUUGUCUUAUAAUAAACGUUGGAUUACAAUAAACUUUUA